AUUAGAGUAAUCAUGUUGCAGUUUGCCCAGCCCUCUCGCUCCGCGGAUCUUCUUCCUCCUCGCGCGAGCGCCGCCACUCAUCACGCUGCCGAGUGCCGAGCGCCCGAGCCCUCCCGACCGUUUCUCCUCCCAUCACCCCACGAACGGAUUCCGCCCUUUAGAUCCCCGUUUCAUAAUCUUCCCCAAUUCGUAACAGGCAAAAAUCAAGGUAGGGCGGCCACCCUACCUUGCCCUACUGGGUCCUCCGCCCGUGGCGAUGCCGGCGGCGGCGGAGUCUUCGGCGAUAAGGAAGCUGGGGCAGCUCUUCAAGCUCAGCGAAGUGCACCUUUGUUAUCCGCUGUAGGGAUGAUUCUUAUGUGACUGGCGCCAGCGAGACCCAGGAUUGGUAUGCGGCAGAGACUGGUUGCCCGGGAUCUCAAAUAGCUAAAACCCGGAAUAGGGCAGCCAAGCAGACAGAUGAAGAUCCCUCCUUUGUUGAAGAUAUGGAAUUGGUUAGUCUCAUGGGUUCUUUGGGGCUUCCUGUUUCAUUCAGCACAAGGAAAGAGAAAAAGAACAUAGCCAUCAAGGGAAAGCAUCAAGGAAGACAAGCACCAUGUGAAGAGUUAAAUACUUCAACGGUUGAUGAUGCAAGGACAUGUGAAAAUACUGAAGAACUAGAAGGUGCUCAGGAGUUGAUGGGUUGCAUGGAGCACACUAACUCGGGCAUUUCCUCUAUGACUGCUGUGGGUUACAAUGAAGUCUACCAUGCUGAUGCUGACAAGAUGCUUGGUGAAGACAUGGUUUAUGUUGAGAAAUCUGGCUUUGUCACUGCUUGCUCUGUUGAAAAAAUACCAAGGGAUGAAGCUCACAAUGAGUGUGAACCAAAUGAUAACACGAGCAAUCUAGUAGAAUCAAGCUCUCCUGUUCAAGAAAAUCAAGCUGCAGGGAGUGUCGUGCAAUUGAACAAAGUGAUGCUGGGGCAAAAUUCUGUCACUAAUGAAUCUAUGAUGUCCUGUACCGAUGAUUGUCAGCGAGGAAAAUCAUCUGUAAGGGAAGAUCAAAUAUCUUGGGAAACUCCGUCCGUAUCCCAUGAUAAUGAUGUUGAUUGUGAGGUUUGUCCAUGUCCAGCAGAACCAUCUCCUGUUAAUAAUCAUGUUGAAAAAUCUGCCAGCGACUUCAACUAUGAACAUGGUGAUUGGAAGGUUCUCUGGGAUCAAUUCUACAGUCAGUAUUACUUCUUCAACAUCAUGACACAGGUGUCUACGUGGUAUCCUCCUCAAGGAUUGGAGGAUUUUGCAUCAUAUUGUAGUACAUAUCCAUCUCAAGGCCUGGAUGAACCGAGCUUGCAAUAUACAAGCACAAGUGUGCAAGAACAUAAUAAAAGCAGUACAAAGUGUGACAAAUCAUCUGGACUCGUAUGCUGGGCAGACAACACUAUGGAUAAUUAUAUCUCAGAAGCUGAUCGACAUGUUGUACAAUAUGAAGCUCACAUGAGCUCAUGUGACAAUGGAGGAACAACAUUUGACCAGGCUGGUGUUGGCAGACAUCUGAAUCAUCAGGUACAUGAUCUCUACAGUGAUGCACCCAAUUUAUCAGAUGUUCCUGAUGAAGAGUCAAUGUGUCUGAGUGCGAUAACUACCAUUGAUGAAGCACAACAUGAUGAGAGUGAACAGAAUGGUAGUUUAGUGACUGAAGCAUUAGAAGUGAGCCAGGAAGUUACCACCACCAAAAACAAAAAGAGAGUAAGGAGAUCUCAAUCGUAUCGUUCAUGUCAAGACUUGGCAGACAACAUCUCCACUGACAUCGCUAAGUAUUGGAAUCAACGAUACUCCCUUUUCUCCCUUUUUGAUAGUGGUAUAAAGAUGGAUGAAGAGGGGUGGUUUUCAGUAACGCCGGAGCCCAUCGCAAAGCACCAUGCAUCUCGUGUCAGUGCGGGCAUAGUGAUCGACUGUUUCACAGGAGUUGGCGGGAACACCAUCCAGUUUGCCACAAAGUGCAAGCAUGUUGUUGCCGUUGACAUUGACCCACAAAAGAUUUGUUGUGCACAGCAUAAUGCAACUGUUUAUGGAGUAAAUGACCAUAUAGAUUUUGUUGUAGGCGAUUUUAUUCACAUAUCGCCUCAUCUGAAGGGAGAUACUGCUUUCAUGUCACCUCCUUGGGGUGGACCAGACUAUGCAAAAGUAGAUGUUUAUGAUAUCAAAACUAUGCUUAAGCCUUGUGAUGGGUACCAGCUUUUCAAACUUGCGACAGCAAUUGCUUCAAGAGUAGUCAUGUUUCUUCCUCGCAACAUUGACCUAAACCAAUUGGCGGACAUGUGCCUGUCAGUCGAUCCUCCAUGGUCGGUUGAGGUGGAGAAGAAUUUUCUCAAUGGAAAGCUGAAAGCUAUAACAGCAUACUUCGAAGAACAGGAUCAUGCAGAUGCAUCGAACUGAUUCAAAUCCAAAAAACUAUGUUAAGUGGCAAAUAGCUCAGAUGCAUCUUGAAUCCCGGGUGCCGGUGGGAGGGAAGAUUGCAGAACAUGCCUCUGGGCCUCUGGGUCAGCUACGUUAUUGGUUCCCCAAGUAUUUCAUUUGCCGUGCAACUUGCAAUGUGAAGUAUUUUGCCGAGGACACCAUACCUUGUUUGCAGUAUCAAUUAACCGAUGUUUGUAUUGUCACACUGGGGACCUUUGGGACAGAAGGAUUAUCACAAGGGUAUUGGAUGAUAUCAAUUCCUUUUUUUUUGUUUUUGCAAGGGGAGGAUAUCAAUUCCUUGAAGGCUUUUCCAAUCAGAUUCUACCAAAUGUCCCCGCUAAAUAUGUAUGGUGUUGCUAUGCCCUCGGUUUCAUAUGAUUCUUAGCAAUUGAAAAUUUCUUCUCUCACAAA